GAUGCUCACAUCCGUCUGUGGGAUUUAGAAAAUGGCAAACAGAUGAAGGCUAUCGAUGCAGGCCCUGUGGAUGCCUGGUCCUUGGCUUUCUCACCCGAUUCCCAGUUUUUGGCUACAGGAAGCCAUGUGGGGAAAGUAAACAUUUUUGGUGUGGAGAGUGGGAAAAAGGAGUACUCUUUGGAUACAAGAGGGAAAUUCAUCCUCAGCAUCGCCUACAGUCCUGAUGGGAAAUAUCUGGCCAGUGGCGCCAUAGAUGGAAUCAUUAAUAUUUUUGAUAUUGCAACUGGAAAACUUCUGCAUACGCUUGAAGGCCAUGCAAUGCCCAUCCGCUCUUUGACCUUCUCCCCAGACUCUCAGCUCCUUGUCACGGCUUCAGAUGACGGCUACAUUAAGAUUUAUGAUGUACAGCAUGCAAAUUUGGCGGGUACACUGAGUGGCCACGCAUCCUGGGUGUUAAAUGUUGCGUUCUGUCCUGAUGAUAUUCACUUCGUAUCUAGCUCAUCAGACAAAAGCGUCAAAGUUUGGGACGCUGGGACGAGAACUUGUGUCCACACCUUUUUUGACCACCAGGACCAGGUCUGGGGAGUGAAAUACAAUGCAAAUGGCUCCAAAAUUGUGUCGGUUGGAGAUGACCAAGAGAUUCAUAUCUAUGACUGUCCAACUUAAGCCCCCUCCAGACCGGCCAUUACAGUUCUCACACCGGUCCUUGGGGUUGAUGCGUUCGCCUUGACCUUUACACUCAAGACACACAGUUUGAAUCUGCUGGACCAUCCCUGGCCCAAUCUGCUGGAUGUGAAUUUGCAUUCCUCUCCCUUUGCAGAUGGGGCAUUUUUCAACGGAUCCCUUUUUCCCACCAAUUCCUAGGGAAGCAAAACAAAAAUGCAAUUUAUGAUCUUCUCAGAGUCAAUCGGAGCAAGAACUCUGAAAGCUCUGGGCAGUGGCCACAUGUUUAAGUUUUGGCUGUUCCUUAGAAAACAUGACAUAAAGACUGAAAUGGAAGACUCAAGUCAAAGAAACAUCUCUACCUAAAAUAGCUACCAAGUUGAAUCGAAUAUUUUGUUUUGGUCUGACACAUCCUGAAGACCACCUGAAAAUUAAGGAGUUUUUUGCUGUUGUUCAGUCAUUUUUCAGUCAUGUGCAACUCUUCGUGACUUUUUGUGGGGGGUAUCUUGGCAGAGAUAGUGGAAUGAUUUGCCAUUUCCUUCUCUAGCUCAUUUUUUACAUGAGGAAUUGAUACCAAUGGGAUUAAGUGACUUGCCCAGGGUCACACAGCCAAUAAGACUGAAUCCAGAGUUGAACUCCAGAAGAUGUCUUUCUAACUCCAGACCCCAAAUUCAAUCUGCUAGUUACAAAAGUUUUCUUGCUUUUUUAAAAUGUGUACUAAUAAAUGCAUAGACUUUGAAGGGGAUGCAGGUAUUCAAUUUAUACUUUGUGAGAAACUGUAUAUAAUAAUGAAAAGAGGGGUGUGUAGGUA